AUGGCUCAAUCCAAUGGAGAGUUGGAGCACUCGAAAGAGGUUCCCCCGACUGCGCAGGAGCAGACCAACGGCGAUCACCCCGAGGGUGUCGCCGAGGACGACAAUGCUGGUGGCCUCUUCCAGAUCUCCGUGAAGCUUCCCCAUGAGCCGUACAAGAUCCAGGUGAUGGUGUCAAGCCAAGAACAGGUUCAAGAUGUUCGCCAAUCCAUCGUCGAGCUGCCCGGUACCUUCCAGUACACCUGCUUCCACCUCGAAUUCAACGGAACUCGCAUCAACGACUUCGUUGAGCUGUCCGAGGUCCCCGGUCUGCAGGCCGACUCCGAGAUUGUGUUGGUGGAGGAUCCCUACACUGAAAAGGAGGCCCGCAUGCACAUUGUGCGAUUGAGAGAGCUCGUUGGUGCUGCGGGUGACCGUGUGGACAGCCUGCAUGGUAUCUCUGCUGGUCUUUCGCUGCACGACUCCAUCUCUGCCGAGGCUCUUGCCGCUGCCGAGUCGGAGAAGGAUCACUCGCUGCUCAAGUACAACCUGUCCGGCCCUUCGUCGCUGCAGACCAUCCUUCCCAAGCCUGAAUCGCCUCUGCCGAAGACCGUCAAGUCGAUCUCGCUCUCCGCGUGGAACCCGGUCCCCUACCACCUCCGCCAGAAGGGCCACCUGCUCUAUCUACAGGUCCUGACCAACGAGGGCGAGCAAUUCCAGAUCACCGCUCACGUGUCGGGCUUCUACGUUAAUAAGAACUCCAACGCCAAGUUCGACCCCUUCCCCAAGCCCAUGCCCAAGGGCGUUAAGGGCAGUGCUCACUCUCUCCUCACCCUGAUCUCCCAACUGUCGGCCUCCUUCAACUCCUCUUUCGAGGCUCUCCAGGAAUCCAACAAUCAGAAGGAUCUCCUGACAACCUUCCCCUUCCAGAACGCCAUCCCCAACAGCCCAUGGCUCGUCGCCCCGGUUUCGUCGAGUCAGAAUGCCCACCAGGCCGACAUCACUCGCUCGCAGGAGAGCUACCUGAUCUCUGGCGUGGACAAUGCCGAGACCCUGCGUGACUGGAACGAGGAGUUCCAGACUACUCGCGAGCUGCCUCGCGAUACUGUCCAGGACCGUGUGUUCCGCGAGCGUCUGACGUCCAAGCUUUUCGCCGAUUAUAACGAGGCCGCCGCUCGUGGUGCCGUUCUGGUCGCCCGCGGUGAGGUCGCUCCUCUGAACCCCACUGAAGCCCGGGAGGCCCAGAUUUUCGUCUACAACAACAUCUUCUACUCCUUCGGUGCUGACGGUGUUGGCACCUUCACUUCCGAGGGUGGUGACGAGGCUGCUCGUGUGGCCGUUGGCAAGGAUGUUUUGGGUAUCAAGGCUGUGAACCAGCUUGACAUCCAGGGUCUGUUCACCCCCGGUACCGUUGUUGUUGACUACCUUGGCAAGCGUAUUGUUGGUCAGAGCAUUGUCCCUGGUAUAUUCAAACAGCGCGAGCCCGGUGAGCACCAGAUCGAUUACGGUGGUGUUGAGGGCAAGGAGGUCGUCGCUACCCACCCCGACUUCAAGCCCGUUUUCGAGAAGCUCUCCAAGGCUCUCCGCAUCAAGCAGCACCCCGUCUGGGACAAGGACGGCAAGCGCCACGACCUGGAGGGCAGUGUUGAGACCAAAGGUCUCCUGGGAACCGAUGGCCGCAAGUACGUGCUCGACUUGUACCGCGUUGCCCCAAUGGAUGCUUCGUGGCAGGAGGAGGACGGCAGCGAUGCCUACCCCCACCGCAUGUCCGUUCUGCGACUGGAGCUUGUUGAGUCUUACUGGCGCCACAAGAUGAGCCAGUACGUCAAGGCUGAGGUUGAGCGCCGCCGCGUCGCCAAGGCCGAGGAGAAGAAGGGAGAGGAGGACUCCGAGGAGAAGACUGAGGAGUCUGCCGACCAGGAGCGUGUGGACAUCUCUGGAUUCCAGCUCUCGCUGAACCCUGAUGUUUUCAGCGGCCAGGUUCCCCAGACCAAGGAAGAGAAGGAACAGUGGGCCGAGGACGAGAAUGAGGUUCGUGAUGCCUGCGACCACCUGCGCUCCAAGGUCAUCCCCGACCUGGUCAAGGACCUCCACGACGGUGAUGUUGGCUUCCCCAUGGAUGGCCAGUCCCUGACCCAGCUCCUGCACAAGCGUGGUAUCAACAUGCGCUACCUGGGUAAGCUCGCUCAGCUUUCCAGCGAGAAGGGCCCCCGUCUGGCGGCACUGUCUACUCUUCUGAUCCAGGAGAUGGUUGCCCGUGCCUUUAAGCAUGUCUCUCACCAGUACCUACGCAAUGUGCCCGCUCCGUUCGUCACCCCUUGUAUUGCUCACCUGCUGAACUGCCUGCUCGGCUCGGACGUCAACGCUGCCCCCCGUGCUGAGAUUGACGAGUCGCUGCGUGAGGUCUACCCCGAGGGCGAUUUCUCCUUCGAGAAGGUUACUCCCGCCUCUCUGCGUGCUGAGAUUGAGAAGCAGGUUACUAUCCGUUACCGCUUCUCUCUGGAGAAGAGCUGGGGCAGCUCCCUCCGCCACAUGCAACUCCUGCGUGAUAUCGCCAUCAAGCUGGGUCUCCAGCUUGGUGCUCGCGAGUUCGCUUUCACCAAGGAUCAGGUGAAGGAGGCUCCCGUUCUUCCCGUUACCAACGGAAACGGUAAUGAUGAUGGCAGCAAGAACAAGAAAAAGAAGAAGGGUGGUGACAACAAGUCUCCCAGCCGUGCUCCUGUCGAGGCCAAGCCUGCCGUCUCCAUCACCGCCGAUGAUAUCCUGAACAUCGUGCCCCUGGUUAAGGACGCUUCGCCGCGCAGCGCUCUCGCCGAGGAGGCUCUUGAGGCCGGUCGUAUCUCGCUCAUGCAGAACCAGAAGCAAUUGGGCCAGGAGCUCAUUCUGGAGUCUCUGUCUCUCCACGAGCAGAUCUAUGGAAUCCUCCACCCCGAGGUUGCCAAGCUGUACCACCAGCUCUCUAUGCUCUACUACCAGACCGAUGAGAAGGAGGCAGCCGUUGAGCUGGCUCGCAAGGCUGUCAUCGUCACUGAGCGUACGCUGGGUGUCGACUCUGCUGACACCAUCCUAGCCUACCUCAACCUGAGUCUCUUUGAACACGCCUCCGGUAACACCAAGACCGCUCUGGUGUACAUCAAGCACGCCAUGGAUCUCUGGAAGAUCAUCUACGGUGCUAACCACCCCGACUCGAUUACCACCAUGAACAACGCCGCCGUCAUGCUGCAGCACCUUAAGCAGUACGCCGACUCCCGCAAGUGGUUCGAGGCGUCGCUGUCCGUGUGUGAGAAUUUGUUUGGCAAGCAGUCCAUCAACACUGCUACCAUCCUCUUCCAGCUGGCCCAGGCUCUCGCUCUGGACCAGGACUCCAAGGCUGCUGUUGGCAAGAUGCGCGAGGCCUACAACAUCUUCCUUUCUCAGCUCGGUCCCGAGGACCGCAACACCAAGGAGGCUGAGACAUGGCUCGAGCAGCUCACUCAGAACGCCGUGUCCAUCGCUAAGCACGCCAAGGACAUCCAGGCCCGUCGCCUGCGCCGCGUCAACAUCAACCCUCGUGUCUCCACCUUGGGUACUCGCGUCCAGCCUCAGGUCGGCCAGACUGCUCCUGAGACCGCUGGUGCCGGUGCUGCCGACCCCAACAUGCACAACCGCAGCAUCGACGAGCUGGUGAAGUUCAUCGAAGGCGGCGAGACCGGUUCUUCCCGCACCAAGCAGAAGAAGCGCACUGCCAACCCUAAACUCCGUGGCUCUAAGCAGUCCAAGGCAUAG